AUUAUAAUAAAGGGACCUAUAAUUGGAUCAAAUGAUCUCGAACAGGAUAAUACUCUCAGUGGCUUCCAAGAAGCAGAGCCCAGAAGAAGCAUCACACCUCGAGAUUCAACAAUAUUUUAUCAAAUUGCCUCUUACUCAUUCAAAACUAUAUAAUAAAAUAAGAUCACAAACAAUUCAGAAAUUUUGAAUCUGAAUCUAAAUCUUCUUAAUUCACCCAAUAAAGUAAGAAAAAAAAAGAAGAAGAAGUCGAGUCUCUUUCUUUUGAUCAUAGUUCUUUUAUAGUUGAGCAAACCCGGAAACAAAAGUCACUUCCUCACAAAAGUGUCCAAUGCCUCAACUGGAUCGUUCUAGGGUUUCCACGACCAAACUGAUCCUCUCUGUGGUCGUCGACGGCGACUACUACGGUGGAUCAUCGGCCGCCGUUCCCUUCAAAUGGGAAUCUCAGCCCGGAACUCCAAGACGACUUAGCAAACGAUCCUCCUCUUCCGGUUUCGAUUCUGAUUCAGAUUUCAAUUCUCCGGUUUCAGCUCCACUAACACCUCCUCCUUCUUACUUCUACGCUUAUCCUUCCUCUACUAAACCUGCAAACCCUAAAACCAACACUCUCUUUGGUUCCUUGCUUCCCAAGAAUCGUAGUGUUCCUUCGUCUCCAGCUUCUUCUUCGUCAUCCUCGUCUUCGGUUCCAUCUUCUCCAUUGAGGACAUCUGAUUUAAGCAGGAGGAACAGAAGAAAAAGAUCAAUGUGGUUUGAAUCUGCUUCGAGUUUAGACUACGGAUCGAAUCAUUAUAAUAAUGCUAAAUCUUCUGGAUGUUACGCUUCCAUUGUCAAGGUGUUGCUCAGAUCAUGUUAACUUAAAUGAUUCUGCUUUUUAUUCUUCUAAUUUGUUAUUAAUUUUCACUUUUUUGUAAUCUCGGAAAACAAUGUCAUAUCAUCAUCUCCAUGAAUCAAUUGAUUGGAUCAUAUGCUUCUAUCAAACUCUUAUCUUCGAUUUA